AUGGUCCAUCUACUUUGCUCCGGACUGCCUGCCGGCAUCAACCUACUAGUGUUACUGGGGAUCCUCAACCACGGAGCGCAUGCGUACUCACCUCCGGAGGCAUUGCAAUUCAACGAGAGGGCUGAUCAGGCGAGAUAUCAAGCAGCAUGUCCGGACUACAAGAUGUACUCAAUGUACCCCCAUGGCCCAUAUAGCAGCGGCCCACUGAGGCUGCCCUUCCAGCGACCCGCGCCGCAAUGCCGCACGUUCUCAUCGCCGCUGGUGGAGAAGGUGAUAUCGGACAUGGACAAGCGGAUGGAGGACAAGGACCUCGCUCGGAUCUUCGAAAAUGCCUUCCCCAACACAUUAGACACCACCGUCCGCUGGCACGUCAACGCAACAGAGGCCAAGAAAGCCAAAAAGCGAUACACGUCAAGGCAAGCAGCACAGGAUCCAGACGCAUGGGAAGGCGCGCAAAGCUUCAUCGUCACCGGCGACAUCAACGCCGAAUGGCUGCGCGACUCCACAAACCAACUCGCACAAUAUCAAACCCUCGCGAAAAAGGACGCCGCAAUCCACGACCUCAUCCUCGGCGCCAUAAACACGCAAGCUGAAUACGUGAUCGGCUCCCCCUACUGCAACGCCUUCCAGCCGCCCCCACCCAGCAACCUCGCCGCAUCCGCCAACGGCCAAGAAGACACCGUCCACCCCGCCUACGAGCCCUCCUUCGUCUUCGAAUGCAAAUACGAGCUCGACUCUCUCGCCGCCUUCCUCAGCCUCACGAACCAAUUCCACGCCCACACAGCCAGCAGCGCCUUCCUCACCCCACGGUGGUACAAAGCCCUCGACACGCUCCUCGCCGUGCUAGACGAGCAAGCUAAGCCUACCUUUAAUUCGGAAACGGGCCAGCUCGAGCUGAACGAAUACCGCUUCCAGCGCCAGACGAGCACAGGCACCGAGACGCUCAACCUCGCUGGCAUCGGCAACCCGCUCGCGGGCGGCACGGGCCUGAUCCGCAGCGCCUUCCGGCCGUCAGACGAUGCGACCAUCCUGGGCUUCUUCAUCCCGGCCAACGCCAUGAUGAGCGUGGAACUCAAGCGCGCGGCCGCGAUGCUUAGGGCUGCGGGUGGGAAAGCGGAUGUUGCUGCGGAACUGCAGAGACGGGGCGAGGCGAUUGCGGCGGGGGUCUGGGAGCACGGCGUCGUGACGCAUAAGAAGUACGGGCACGUAUUUGCGUUUGAGGUUGAUGGGUAUGGCUCUUCUAUCAUCAUGGACGAUGCGAAUUUGCCGUCAUUGCUGGCGCUGCCGCUGCUGGGAUUCGUCACGGCGAAGGACACGACGUACCAGAACACGCGGAGGAUGGUGCUGGAGCAGGCGGGGAACCCGUAUUUCCUGAAGGGCGCGGAGUUUCAGGGGAUUGGGGGGCCGCAUAUAGGAUUGCAGAAUGCUUGGCCGAUGAGUUUGCUCGUGCAGGCUAUGACGAGCGAGGAUGAUGCGGAGAUUGAGCAGGCGUUGGAGUUUGUGAAGAAGGCGAGUGGGUUGGGGUUGGUGCAUGAGAGCGUGAAUGUUAAUACGGUGAGAGAUUAUACUAGGAGUUGGUUCGCGUGGGCGAACUCGGUCUUUGCGCAGACGAUCCUGGAGCUGGCGAGAAGGAAGCCGCAUCUGCUGUUCGGGGAGGGCGCUGAGCCGUACGUUAUCGAGUAA